AUGUCGGACUCAACCGUACCUGUCAAGCCCGAAUCAGCCCUCGCAAGCCAGAUUCCCAGCAUGACAGCCGGAUAUGCAAAGAGCGCCCUUGGGCUUCUUGCUGCCGGGCUUAGCGAUUGCUAUCAAACCUAUGAUAUUGCCGUCGGCUAUCACACAGCGACUGAGCGCUGGAAGAUCUUCAUCCGGAUGACUACAUCAGAACAACCAGCGAGACAAGAUGAGUACAAACCUGUAACAAGCAAGUGCUCGUUAGAAGUCAAUCUGGCCUCGGAGGACCCGGACCCUGUGUUCUUUGAGCCAGAACCAGAGAAUGUUGAUUUCGAGGCGGAACUUGCGGCGCUGGAGCAGGUGACGCAGAUUGCGAUGUACAAGGGCACACCGUUUCUACUGAAAUGUAAUGGCGAUGUCCAGGAGCGUGACUGUCUUGCGCUUGAGGCUGUGUUACGAAUUGACAUGCGUGGCCUGGAUGGGGUGAUUGAGAGGUCGAAGAGCCGGUUAUGGGUGCCGCCGUUUUGA